AUGGAUUUCUAUCUCAGGUGCAAUUCACUCAAGUGUCGCACUCAACUGAAAGAGAGAGCAGUUGUCACGACCUGUUCACACAUCUUCUGUCUUCACUGCGCAGAUAAACUUGGCCUCUCGCAAUCUACCUCCGGUGGUCGCCAUUGUCCAGCAUGUCAAUCCACCCUCCUCAACCCAGACGACGCGGUCUCGACCAUCUUGAACCCGACGGAGGACUACAAAACCAGCAUACUCAGUGGACUCGAUCCGAAUACUAUAAUGGAGUGUGCAGGUCGGGCGUUGGUUUUCUGGGCGUAUCAGACGACUCAAGAGAUGUGUGUGGUGUCUACAGGUGACAGUUUCUAUCAGGAGUUCCUUGGGAAGACGCUUACGGAUAAGUACACGACUUUGAAUAAGCAGAUGGAUAAGGUGAUCCAUAAUGCCAAUUCUGAGAUCUCGACUCUCCAGGUUAGACUUUCAGGUUGGUCUCUUUCCAUUUUAGUAACUGACAUGCAAGCGUCCCAAGAACAACUCCAAAAGAAGAAUCAAGAGCUAUUUGAGAUGUACCGCGACAAGUCCAAAAAGUUCACUCAGAUCACGAAUCUCUACAACCUCUUGAAGUCGCGAGCAAUGAAAUCCCAAAUGCAAACAGCUGCGUCGGACUCGGUAUCCCAGGUACUGAACUCGCUUGGCUCACGAAACGAAGUGUCAACCUCAGCCUCGAAUAGACCUAUGAGCAUGGCUCGGGACCCUCAGACUCCGUCGUCGAAACAAUAUGGCAAUUACCCUGUCAAUCAAGAAGGGGUUGAACAACUCCAUCGAUACCAACGGAGCGGCACUGGUAGUUCCAAGGGACGGAAAAGAGAUGAUAUCGUGACGAUGCCACCGCCAGGCCGUCCAAUGGGACCACCCAGGCCAGGUAAGUCUUGA